AGCCCCCGGCUCCCAGGGCCGCCUUUGUCCGUGUCCACGGCCGUGCUGGGCGGGCGGCACAGAACCCGCAGGGCCGUCUGUCGCUGUGCACCCGUGUGGCUGAUCUGCGGGACGGGCCUCGCCGCAGACCCGGAGCACCCGACCCUGUCUGCAUGGACCGAUGUCUGGGCACGCUUCCCUCCCCACGCUGAGAGCCUGCAGGCGGCGGCUGCUCGGGCAGGGGUCGGGCGCAGACGGGGCCGCAGCGGCGCUCACGAUGCCGGUAACGUUCGAGGACGUGGCCAUCUACUUCUCCCCCGAGGAGUGGGCAGAGCUGGCGGGCUGGCAGCGGCAGCUGUACCGCGAGGUGAUGCUGGAGAACUUCGAGGUGCUCGCCUCGCUGGGCUGCCCCAGCACCAAGCCUGAGGUCAUCUGCGAGAUGGAGCAGGAGGAGACGCUGAGUGCGGGACGGCACCGGGAGCCUGCGGCGGGGAGGAGGCACCCGGCCCCCUGGCCAGACGGUGACUCUGGAGCCAAGCGGGAGGUGGAGGAAGGCCCGGAGCAGCCGCCGAUGCCCAGCACCUCCACCCCACGGACGCCCCGGCGGUGCCAGGCGAGCAGGAGAGGGGGGGUCCCAGCGGGAUGCCCCUGCCCCCAGCCCCUCCCGGCCCCCCCGCUGCAGAGGAAGCCACCCACGUGCCCGGAGUGUGACAAGAGCUUCAAGAGCAACACGGCGCUGACCAUCCACGAGAGGAGCCACACGGGCGAGCGGCCCUUCAAGUGCCCGCACUGCGGGAAGGGCUUUCCCUCCAAGGGGGACCUCAAGCGGCACCAGAAAACCCACGCGGGGCAGGGGGAGCCCCCCGGCCCCGGGCUCUGCCUCCCAGCCCUGCCACCACCAUCCCGGCCCCACCGCGGCCCCCCAGGCCCCAAGCGCCCCCACGCCUGCGGCGAGUGCGGAAAGAGCUUCGGCAAGAGCCGGGACCUGAGGAAGCACCAGCAGACGCACACGGCGGCGCGGCCCUUCUCCUGCCCGCAGUGCGGCAGCAGCUUUCGGCUGAAGCAGAUCCUGGUGUCGCACCAGAAGGUGCACGGCGGCGAGAAGCCCUUCUGCUGCGCCGACUGCGGGAAGCGCUUCGGCCAGAAGCACCACCUGCUGAGCCACCGCCGCGUGCACACGGGCGAGAAGCCCUUCUCCUGCGCGCAGUGCGGGCAGCGCUUCAGCCAGAAGCACCACCUGGUCAGCCACCAGCGCAUCCACACCGGCGAGCGCCCCUUCGCCUGCACCCGCUGCCCCAAGCGCUUCAAGGACAAGAAGACCCUCAUCAUCCACGAGAGGGUGCACACCGGCGAGAAGCCCUACAAGUGCGGCGAGUGUGGCAAGAGCUGCAGCCAGAAGCAGCACCUGAAGAGCCACCAGCGCAUACACCAGGGCCCGCGGGCGCUGGAGGACGGGCGGCCGGUCCCGCCGAGCGCGCGGCCAGAGCCCAAGCCCUUCCAGUGCGCCGGCUGCGAGAAGCGCUUUCGGGACGAGGGCAUCAUGUUGGCCCACCAGCGCACCCACGCCGAGCAGGGGCCACAGCCGGGGUGGGCGCAAGGCCCCGGCGCUCCCCAAAAACUGCCGCCCGCAGCCCCGCAGGCUGCCAGGAGGCCGAGGGCGUGCGGUGACUGCGGGAAGGCGUUCACCCAAGGCAGGUGCCCGCGGCUCCACCAGCGGAGCCACACGUGAGUGGGGAGCACGGCUCCGGGUGCUGCUGCCGGCUCGCCCCAAGGAGCACCCGCACCCAUGCCCGCAGCCACCUCGCCGUGCUCCAAGGAGGGUGCUCCUGAAGCAAGCAGGGCAGUGCUCGCCUCUGCGCCCUGUCCCCAGGCUGGUCCCCCCGCCUCACCGACAUCCCCCCCCCGACCAGACUGCGCUGAGGUGCAGCAGCAAAGCCCGGUGCUGUGGGCAGCUGGAGCCCCCCCUGCGCCCCUGGGCCGAGCCCCCCGUCGGUGGGCAUUAGUGCAGCUCCUCUUCCCUGCUGUGUUCGAGU